AUGGCCUCACGCUUCUCCCACUCAAACCUCCACCAACGAGACCCGCGCUCCUCCUCCUCCCUAUUUGACUCCUACAGCGGCGACAGAGGCUCUCGACCUACCAGCAGCUCACCCGCCACAAAUGUUACGUCUUCGACCUAUGCAGGCGCAUAUCCUGGUUCAGUGAGUAAUGGGUAUCCGAACGGGGGUGGUGGGUUGUAUCCCGGUGGUCAGGGGCAGCAACAUGGCUACAGGGCUGCGACGCCGAAUUCAAGGGGUCAUUAUUCGGAUGCGGUGUUAUCGGAACUAGAGUCUCAAAAUGAUAAUGAAGUCGAAGGAAUAACAGCCAAGGUCAAGGCGCUCAAAGAGCUUACAGUAGCAAUCGGCGAUGAAAUUCGCUCUUCAUCCAACCUGGCAGAUACAAUGAACGAAGCCUUCGACAGCACCCGCAUCCGCCUCCGAGGAACCAUGAACCGAAUGCUGCGCAUGGCAGAACGGACAGGUGUCGGCUGGAAAGUUUGGGUUGGAUUCUUCCUCGCGGUGUUUUUGUUGUUUGCUUAUGUUUGGCUAUUUUGA